GGGAAGGUGUCCAAGUGCUGAGCAUCAGCACCCAACUCCUCUCAGCCGCGGAGCGAGAGAACGGCCGCACGGCAGUGCUGACGAGGGUGUCUGAGGCUCAUCCCCACUCAGCUCGCACCGGCGUCUCUGGCUGAACUGCUGAGCAAAACUGUUCCAAACUCGGAGGCCCGGAGAAGGGGUAAGUUGUGUUUGUCCAGGCUCUAAUUGCAUCCUUGCAUUGCUAUGCAAUUAAAUGCUGCCAUGGCCCGCUCAAGAGGAGGGAGAGUGCCAGCUCUGUUCCUGGGCAGCCUCGGAGGCUGGAGGAGCUCAUGGCUUUCGCUCCAGGGGGUGACCUGCUCAGAUGACUCUGUGGCUCUGUUGCCAGCCCUGCUGGCAGUACCGGUCUUCCCAGGAUGAUGAUGUGCUUUCCUCCCGUGGUGUGGUUCUCUUAGCAGGCUGCUAAAAGUUUGAGGAGUUGCACAGAAAAUGUAGGGCAAGGGAAAACACAGCAGUUCUUACAGAUCCCCUGUACCUUAGGAAAGAGGUGCCUAGAGAAAAAUGCAAGCACAGUUUUCCACGGCAUUUUGUAUGGCUGCUUUCAGUGUGUACCUCAAAAGGAGGCAGUGUCUUGCAGAAAAUAUGUGAUUUUGUCAAGCUACAGAGGGGAAAAGAAGAAUUUUGCUCCUGCUUUACAGGUCACUGUAGUUCUGAUGUCAAGAAUAGCAUAACGAAGCAGCACAAGUUCCUGAAUGAGAGGAAAAGCAGUGUUUAACCUCCAAAUUGGGAUGUGCUCCUCGUUUCUACCAUGUCCCUUGCUAAAUCCCUGUCUGUAGGGGAGAAAUGGAAAGAGGGAGGACAGAUUUAUAACUCCUCGUCUGUGGGAUUUCCAGUGCUGGCCUCAAUUUCAUCAACUGAUGUUAUGGGGGUCUGAAGUUCAUAGAAGGGCUGUAGAAGAAGGAGGCAGAAAAGAUGCUCCCUGCGGGCACCAGCUUUUGGUCCUUUGAAAGCUUGCCUUGGUUAACCCUAAAUAGGGCACAGCCAAGAGGCUUUUGCAGUUAGGGAGGGAACUCAAUAGCAACACCAUCAGGAACUUUUUCUGGUUGUUCUUGAGGUCCCAGGUGUGGGCUGUCUUCUGGAUUCCUGCAGGUGAUCCUUUUUAUCUCUGGCCAUCCUCCCAGCUUCCUGGGGAGCAGCUGCAGCAUAUGACUGCUUUUUUUCAAAGCAUGUGAGUGGCAGACAGCCCUUGACCAGCCCAGAGGAGCACACGGCCUCCACUGGAGCACAUCAGGGUAAAAACUGAGAGAGUAAGCCUGGUUUUGAAGUCUGCACUUCAUCUAGGAACCCCACCAAGAGCAAGAGGAGCUCAAGGUCCCUGCACCUUGGAAUUCUGUCCUGGGAACCUGGCAACUGGAGCCACUGUACUGCAGAAAGUAUCUUCAUUUUGAAAGCAGAGUUCAGCUCUUGGGGAUGUAAGCCUUUGGUUUGUAGUCUAUGCCAGCCCUUCAGGCACUGGCUGCAGUCAACGGAGCAAGACAGGUAUCAUCGUGAGCCCUCUUUAGUGAAAUCACUGUCUCAGCUCCCUGCCUUUGAGAAGAAAACUAAGCUAAGAAGUCUGGCAAGGCCGAGAGAGAAGACAGUGCCUCAGGCAAGCAGUGGAGAUGCCAAUUCUACCACAAUGCCUUGAAUGCCAGAUUAUGUCUUCCCACAGAUCCUUAGAUGUCCUAAGGGUGCUGUUGCCUGAAGAAUUACAGUGGCUCUUGUACAACCACGAGCUGUUGUAUAAAAGGGUGAAUGGAGCGGGUGUGUAUGACAGACCUGUGCCCCAGUGCAAAUGACUACAGAAAGAAGCCAUGGUUGCUGUUUUCAUCUUGUCUGCCCUAGAAAAAGUCAUCUCUCUGCUAACUCUGGAAGACCAAGUACUGACGAAGGGGAGCAGGAAGAGAAGAUCUCCGAGAACUCCUCGGCCGAGAGGGAUUUAGCUGAUGUCAAGUCGUCUCUCGUCAAUGAAUCAGAAACGAAUCAAAACAGCUCCUCAGACUCGGAGGCGGAACGGCGGCCCCCGCCUCGGUCCGAAACUUUCAGAGAUAAAUCCCGGGAAAGUUUAGAGGAAGCUGCGAAGAGGCAAGAUGGAGGGUUGUUUAAGGGCCCACCAUACCCGGGUUAUCCCUUUAUAAUGAUCCCCGACCUCAGCAGCCCGUAUCUGCCCAAUGGAUCGCUCUCUCCGACGGCGAGAACGUAUCUGCAGAUGAAAUGGCCACUGCUUGAUGUUCAGGCAGGGAGCCUUCAGAGUAGACAAGCCCUCAAGGAUGCUAGGUCUCCAUCUCCAGCACACAUUGUUUCUAACAAAGUGCCAGUUGUGCAGCACCCACAUCAUGUACACCCUCUUACGCCGCUUAUCACGUACAGCAAUGAGCACUUCACACCGGGAAACCCUCCUCCACACUUACCAGCAGAUGUAGAUCCCAAAACAGGAAUUCCAAGGCCUCCACAUCCUCCAGAUAUAUCUCCUUAUUAUCCAUUAUCACCGGGCACUGUAGGACAAAUCCCCCAUCCGCUAGGAUGGUUAGUACCACAGCAAGGUCAGCCAGUGUACCCAAUCACGACAGGGGGUUUCCGCCACCCUUACCCAACAGCUCUGACUGUCAAUGCUUCCAUGUCAAGCUUUCUCUCCUCUAGGUUUCCUCCACACAUGGUCCCGCCACAUCAUAGUUUACACACAACUGGAAUCCCUCACCCGGCCAUAGUCACACCAACAGUCAAACAGGAAUCUUCCCAGAGCGACGUCGGCUCACUUCACAGCUCAAAACAUCAGGACUCUAAAAAAGAAGAAGAGAAAAAGAAGCCACACAUAAAGAAACCUCUUAAUGCAUUUAUGUUGUAUAUGAAGGAAAUGAGAGCAAAAGUUGUAGCAGAAUGCACAUUGAAAGAGAGCGCAGCCAUCAACCAAAUCCUCGGUCGAAGGUGGCACGCAUUAUCCAGAGAAGAACAAGCGAAAUACUAUGAACUAGCAAGAAAGGAACGACAGCUUCACAUGCAGCUGUACCCGGGCUGGUCCGCACGGGAUAACUAUGGAAAGAAGAAGAAGAGGAAAAGAGAUAAGCAGCCCGGAGAGACCAAUGAACACAGCGAAUGUUUCCUAAAUCCUUGCCUUUCACUUCCUCCGAUUACAGACCUGAGCGCUCCUAAGAAAUGCCGAGCGCGCUUUGGCCUUGAUCAACAGAAUAACUGGUGCGGCCCCUGCAGGAGAAAAAAAAAGUGCGUUCGCUACAUACAAGGUGAAGGCAGCUGCGUCAGCCCACCCUCUUCAGAUGGAAGCUUACUAGACUCUCCUCCGUCCUCCCCCACCAUGCUCGCCUCCCCCUCCAGAGACUCGAAACCACAGACUGAACAAACGCAACCCCUCUCACUCUCAUUGAAGCCCGACCCGCUGGCACACCUGGUCAUGAUGCCGCCGCCAUCCUCGCUCGUCCUCGCCGAGAGCACUGCGAGCAAGCCCGGCGCCCUGCCUGCUGCCAGCUGCCCCAACGGGGCCCUGGACCAUCCGCCGGCCGCCCUCUCGCCGGCCGCCGCCGCAUCCCUAGCACAGCCCUCAACGUCCUCCUUGCAUUCCCACAGCUCGCUGGCGGGGACACAGCCCCAGCCGCUCUCCCUUGUAACCAAGUCCUUAGAAUAGCUUUAGCCUCCUUAGCCCUUUCAGUUUCCUUUGGGGGGGGAUGGAAUUCUGUUGGGAUUUGGGGUUUUGUUUUGGUUUUUGUUGGGGUUUUUUUCUUCUUUUUUUUUUUGCUUUUCUUUGUUAUUAUUUGGUUUCCUUCUCGUCGUUGUCCGCUGUUCGUCGUCGUUCCUCGUUUUUGUUUUUAAUUCGUGCCAUGUGGCUACAUUAGUUGAUGUUUUAUCGAGUUCAUUGGUCAAUAUUUGACCCAUUCUUAUUUCAAUUUCUCUCCUUUUUAAAUAUGUAGAUGAGAAAAAAAGCCUCUCAUGAUUCUGCCAAAAUUUUUAUCAACAGCUGUUAAAAGUCUUUGUAGCGUUUAAAAAAUAUAUAUAUAUACAUAAUUGUUAUGUAGUUCCAAUAGCUUAGUUUUAAAGACUGAUUUUAAAAAUGAAACGGGGGGGGGAAAAAAAAGAGGAAAAAAAAAAAAAGAAAAGGAAAAAAAAAGAGAGAGAGAAAGAAAGAAGCAAUUUUGAAGCAGCCCUUGCCGGAGGCAUUGGUUCUUUAUUAUUUGUAUUAAAUACGAGCUUGCGAACCAAUCAUUUUACAUCUGGUUUUUAAACCUUGAAGGGCACAACAAAUUCGGUGCCACUACUACUACAACUACUUUUUUUUUUCUUUUCUUUUUUUUUCCCUCUUUCUUUUUUUUUUUCCUUUUUCCUUCCUUCCUCUUCUUCCUCGUGUGAAACAACCUUUCUUGUGAUGUUACUCGUUAUUGUUUAAAUGUACAGAAACAAAGGGGUUAAAAAGAAAAAAAAAUAACGUGUUAAUAUACCUUGUUCCAUGGUGUUGUUCUUUGUUUUGGUUUGGUUUGGUUGGGUUUUGGGUUGUGUUUGGUUUUUUUUUGAGGGGGUGGGGAGGGAAACGCUACUCAACGAUUAAAAGUAUCACAACGCUAUUGGACCAGUAGUAUUUAUUGCUUUAGAAAUUGCUUGUUGUAUCUGUAUGUUGUCCCUUUUUAAAUGUGGUUUUUUUUUCAUUUGUUCGUUUGUUUUCUUUUCUUUUUCUCUUGAAACAUUGUAUAAAGAUGUUUUUGGUUGGUUUUAUUUUUUUCCUUUAGUGUAAGCAUCUUAUAUAUAACAACUCAUUUGUACAAGGUUUUUAAGUUUAUAUAUAAAUGUGUAUAUAUAUAUUUUUUU